CGGAGCCGGGGAGGGCGGCGGGGCACGUUCCCCGCUUUCUGCGACCCCUGAGCAGCUAGGGCGAAGGUGAGACUGAGAGGGGCCGAAACCAUGAACCGGAGUUUUCGUAAGUCUCAGACCCUGCGCUUCUACGACUGCGGCGCUGUGGAAGUCAAGAGCAAGUUUGGGGCUGAAUUCCGAAGGUUCUCCUUGGACCGUCAUAAGCCUGGGAAGUUUGAAGAUUUCUACCAGUUGGUCGUGCACACCCACCACAUUUCCAACACUGAAGUGACCAUUGGCUAUGCAGAUGUGCAUGGGGACCUGCUGCCUAUCAACAAUGAUGACAACUUUUGCAAGGCAGUCUCCAGUGCAAAUCCUCUGCUCAGAGUCUUCAUCCAGAAGCGAGAAGAGGCAGACCACUACAGCUUUGGGGCAGGCACCCUGACCAGGAAAAAGAAGGUGCUGGUGACUCUGAGGGACGAGGGUCUGCGCCGGCGCGCCCACCUUGACAUCAGCAUGCCACACGACUUCCGCCCAGUGUCCUCCAUCAUUGAUGUGGACAUCCUCCCUGAGACACACCGCCGAGUAAGGCUCUACAGACAUGGCUGUGAGAAGCCACUGGGCUUCUACAUCCGAGAUGGCACAAGUGUGCGGGUGACUCCCCAUGGGCUAGAGAAAGUUCCAGGCAUCUUUAUUUCCCGCAUGGUGCCUGGGGGUCUUGCAGAAAGUACUGGGCUGCUGGCUGUGAAUGAUGAAGUCCUGGAGGUGAAUGGGAUCGAGGUGGCUGGGAAGACACUUGAUCAGGUCACAGACAUGAUGAUCGCCAACAGCCACAACCUCAUUAUCACCGUCAAGCCUGCCAAUCAGAGGAACAACAUUGUCCGAAGCAGCCGCACCUCUGGUAGCUCUGGCCAGUCCACGGACAGCGCUGCCAGCCACUACAGCUUGCCAGCUGCCCACGUCCUGCAGAACUUCCAUCCCGAUGAGAUGGAGAGUGACGAGGAGGCCGACAUCGUCAUCGAAGGGGCUUUGGAGCCUCACCACAUUCCCCAGACACAGGCCGUGCUUUCUGGCAGCCUCUCUCGGGCCAACGGCACCAGUCUUGUGCACAGGCUGCAUCGGGACCUGGCCCUGCACAGCUCUGGGAGAGAAAGCAAUGGCAGCAUUCAUAAAUUGCUCAGCUCCCUGAAGUCGGACCCCCGCAACAGCCUGGUCCUCCCCCAGGGUGGGGUGGAGGAACACGGGCCCGCUAUUACGCUGUAGGGCCCAGGCCACUGGAGGAGACCAUGUUGACAUUCAACCUACGAGUGGGGGAACAUUGAGAGAGGAGCCAGUAAUGCCACGAGUGAUUCCAGAAGUAAAACUUCCAAAGGGGAAUAAAUGUUUUACAUUUUUGUAUCAAUUUUAAAGUAAGAAAAGUAAUUGUCUACUUCAUUCCCUCCUUUUUAAAUCACUCCCACAGCUGUAGUCUUUAACUUUUGAACAGAAAUUUAAAAUACUGUAUUUUUAUAGGAUUUCUCCAUAGAAAUUAAACACACAUGCACACACUUUGGGCCAGGCCUAAGUGCAGGUCCCAGAAAAAAAAGACUUCUGACUACAGAACAAACCUUUAUUUUUAAAUUAUAAAAAUACUUCAUUUUUUUGAACGAAGCUUUAAAAUAACUUUUUAAGUAAUAAAGUUCAUGUUUUUAACUUAACUGGUGCAAAAACACCCCAUGAUGCCCAUGCUUUCUGCUGACCUGCUGGCAAGGCUGCGACAAGAAGGCAGGGACUAUUCCUAAGGACAGAGGCACCCAAAUCUGUGUCAGGUAUGACCACAGGAGAAGAAUUUCAGUUUUCACAGUGUUUCACAGCCAGUUCACAAAAACCAGAGGGGGAUGGGGAGCACCACACAAGAACAUACAUCGCUGUGGUCCUAGCAACCCACAGCUAUGGAAUUGUAUUUAUGAUGCCAGAGGUGGCCAUCUUCAGCCUUCCCAGAACCAGUAAAGGAAGCAGGCUGCACAGGAAGGUGAAGCUCAGCAACAUCCCAGCAGCGUGUGCUCCAAAGCCAGUGUUUACUGACAUGAGUCAGCCUUUCCCUAUGGGUCAGCUGGCUCUAGGGCAAUGUUUUCAGAUGUGAGGGAUGUGUAACACAGACUGUGGAGUCUCAAGAACAGACAGUUGGAUGCAUGCAAUUAUCUUUGCUGUUAAAACAGCCGGCUCUAAGUCAGUUAAUAUGUGCUAAUUUCCAUUCCUAGAGUAGUGGUCAGUGGCAGGAAUUCUGCUUUUAACUAUAACAAGUCUUGUGGAACUUAAUGGUUUUGACAAAUAUUAAAUUCCUUGUCAUUUCUAACUUCUUAGGGAUUCAUGUUUCACCCAAUUAAAUUUUUUGUUUGAAUACAAAAUCAUGGGGAAAACGUUGCACUUAUACUUUAAGAACAAACUUUGACCAAAUCUUUCGUGUAAAUACAGGUAAAGUAUUAUUACUCGGUUUUAAGGCUGCAAACGCCACCUGUUGUUCCCCUUGUGGUGUACCACCACCUGCUGGUCAGUGGCAGAACUGUCCUGAUUUUGUGACUGUCCUAUGGAAACAGUGCAGCUCAACAUUUUCAUUUGCCUUCAGUUCAUUAAAACAAAAUUAUUUUCCUUUCAGAAACUAUUUAUUGGGCAGAAGUAUCUUUUGCUAAGUGACUAUGUCUCCUACGCUGGUGUCUGAGUUUUUCAUUGUGUGCAAAGGACAGGGACCACAUGUUCCUGAGCACAGGAAGUAAGUAGCAAGAUGCCUCCCCUCCAGGUCUCAUGAGGGCACUGAGGAAAUGCAAGAGUAUUGCCUUUGCUACCACAGCAUUUUUUACUAAGAUGAGUAUUUUAGACCCAAAGUUCUAAUGCUUUGUUACUAUCACACAGAAUAUUCAUUUAAUAAGUAUCUGUGGAAUAACUGGGUCUGCUACCAAGUAGGAAAGUUAUAUUUCCAACCGUUUUUAAGUUGUUGGAGCAAAUGUGAAUCAGUAUUUUAAAGAAAAAAAGGCUUACUCUGAAAUUGUGCCUGUUUGUCGUAAUUAUAAGGAUUAUAAACUGCUUAGAAUAGCUGCUUAAGUAUAUUUUUCUACCCAGGUCUGUAAUUCUGUCAUUUUUCUUUUCUCCUUUGACAAAAAAAAACCAAAAAACUGUCAUUAUAAA